GUGCAGGCGGCUACCUCAGAGACGGCACCAGCAACCACAGGAACGGGUUCUUCUGUGCACUAUUCCCAGCCCCAGCCUGUCACCUACACGGUGACAUCGCCUGCUGCAGCCCUUGUGCCGCAGGGAUCCUCGGUGAACUACUCGCCACAGCCAGUGACCUACACCCUACCCCCUGUGACGAUGGGUGCCAGCUCUUCGGCAGUGUAUGCAGCUCCCGAGCAGCAACCGCAGCAGCCUAUGAUCUAUGCUGCCCCUGCCGAGGCGCCGACCCCGGCUCCCAUGCCCGCCAUCUAUGCUGCCCCUGAGCAGCAGCCCAUGACCUAUGCUGCACCGGCUGCAGCACCCACCCCGGCCCCCGCACCUGCGAUUUAUGCCGCCCCAGAGCAGCAGCCGAUGACCUAUGCCACACCGGCAGCCGAAAUGACACCGGCUCCUGCACCGGCGAUUUAUGCAGCUCCUGAGCAGCAGCCCAUGACCUAUGCUGCUCCCGCUGCAGAGCUGAGCACGGUGAUGAGCACACCGGCAAUUUACGCAGCGCCCGAGCAGCAGCCAAUGACCUACGCUGCACCGGCUGCCACCCUUCCAGCUAGCGCACCCGCUGCUAUCUAUGCAGCCCCUGAGCAACAGCCCAUGACCUAUGCUGCCCCGGCCGCUGAACCGACGCCUGUGACCGCACCAGCUGCACCAGCCAUUUAUGCAGCACCGGCGGCAGCCCCCGAGAUGCCCCCGGUGUAUGCUGCACCGGCCUCGUUUGCCUCUCCUGCCACAGAGAUGCCAGCUGUGUAUGCCGCCCCGGCCAGCAUGGAAAUCCCAUCCACGGUCACCUAUGCCCCGGUGCAAGGCUCAUCCCAAGCUGCCGCUCCAAUCACCUAUGCCCCUGUGCAGGGUUCAUCCCAGGCAGCGCCUCCAAUGACAUCCUCGGCUGCUGCCGCCGCUGCUGCACCGAUCCAGACCAGUGGCGUAGUCUAUUCUUCGCAGCCUGUGUCCUAUCCGACGUACACUUACACAGCGCAGCCGGCCCAGACUUACACAGCGCAGCCUGCCCAGACCUAUGCCUAUCCGACCUACACCGCGGCGCCUCAGUACACGUACACUACAGCUGCGGCCGCACCUACCUUCGUGCCCACCGUCGGCAGCCAGCCAUACACUUAUACCUACGCUCCCCAAGCGGCCGCUCCGAUCGCAACAACCACUGUCGCUGGCGGA